UUUCAUGCGCCCCUGUCCUUCUUUGUCGACUUCCCGGCAGGGGCGACAGCUCAACUUUUCCAAGACGUCCCAUUCCUGAGCAAACCUGCCGGGGAAGUGGGGGAAGAUUUUCCCCCCUCGGAUUCCUGGCACACACAUACACACACACCAGUGCGCAGAGGGCUCUUGCAUUGCGCUGCCUUUGCGCCAUCGCCUCGGGCUCUGCUGCGCCCAGCUGGUGUGAGCCGGGCUCCUCCCUCUUGGCUUGUCAGAGAGGCGAGGGGGAAAAGCGGCUGGAAGAGGAAACAAUUGCUAUCGGGGAGAGAAACGCUCAGUCCCAAACUGGGCGCAUGGCUGGUGUCCGGCAGGACUUGGUGAAAGAACGUACGUCUAGGGAUACCACAAAGCUCUUGAAAGCCCAGUUCAGCCAUGGAUCUGGAGAAGCCCACUGUCUGGGGAUCAUUCAAACUGAGAACAAAGCCUUUGUUCCACAACCUGAGCAUCAGAAGGACUAAGAAAAGCUCAACCAAAUUGGUACAGUCAAGAAAACGGUUUCCUUUAGAACGUCGCCUUAGUUCCUCGGUGCCUGACAUGUUGAAUGUGGAGGCUGUUGUUGAGGAAGAAACAAGAUACUCAUGUUCCAAAGCAUUGUCCACUUACUUUCCAAAUGACUUUGAUGCAACCGAGAUGUUUCUUCCUUGCGAUGCUUCCUUGAAACGCGAUGCGGAGGAAUGCCGAUGGAGUCAGCAGGAGACUGUGCGCUUGGAAUUUGGGGUUAGCAGAAUGGAUCUGUCUGUCCCAAGAUCAGAAGUGAGGCGGAAGUCCAGUGGAGAUUACUUUGAAUCGCUACAGAGGAACAGUUUCAGCAGUGAUCUUACAGAGGAUACACUUGAGCGUUCUUCUGGAGGACUCAAUCUGGACUCCUCAUGUGCUUCUCAGAUAUUUGACGACCCUACGCCGCCUGAAGAAGAAAGUGAUUGCUUGAGUAAAUCGCGCAGCUCAUUUGCGUAUCUGCUCACCAUACAUCUGAAAGAAGGCAGGAACCUGGUCAUCAGAGAUCGCUGUGGUACGAGUGACCCCUAUGUGAAGUUUAAGCUGUGCGGGAAAACCCUCUAUAAAAGCAGAGUGAUCUAUAAGAACCUGAACCCUGUUUGGGAUGAAACGGUGGUGCUGCCAAUACAGUCCCUGGAGCAGAAGCUCUGUGUGAAGGUGUACGAUCGAGAUUUAACCACUUCCGACUUUAUGGGUUCAGCGGGUCUAAUGCUGGAUGAACUGGAAUUGAACAGGACUUGUGAGAAGAUACUGAAACUUGAAGAUCCCAACAGCUUAGAGGACGACAUGGGUGUGAUCGUGUUGGACUUAAAGCUCACGGUGAAACAGGGAGAUGUGAAAAGAAAUAAAUGGGUGAACCGGAGAAAGCGCUCAACACCAAAGGCAAACUUCCCAAGGACCAGCCGGCUGGCAGAUUCUCUGCAGAAAAGCCAGCUGUGGAACGGAACAGUUACCAUUGCUUUACUGGGAGGGAAGAAUAUAUCUGCUGGGGGAAUGACACAGUUAUUUGUCUUGCUAAAAAUGGGAGAUCAAAAGUAUAAGAGCAAGACUCUGUGUAAGAGUGCAAAUCCACAGUGGCGGGAACAGUUUGAUUUUCACUACUUCUCUGACAGGAAGGAUGUGCUGGAGAUUGAGAUCUGGGGAAAAGAUAACAAAAAGCACGAAGAAAUUUUGGGAAUGUGUAAAGUUGACGUAGCUGCGCUCCCUAGCAAGCAAAGGAGCCAUUUGGAAGUUCCUCUGGAGAAAUCUCCUGGGUCCCUCAUGAUGGUCAUCACCGUUGCUCCCUGCUCUGGGGUUUCUAUCUCUGACUUGUGCGUUUGUCCCUUGGGAGACCCCAAUGAGAGGAAACAGAUUGCCAAGCGUUACUGUAUAGCGAACUCGUUCCAGAACCUAAGUGACAUAGGUUUCCUGCAAGUCAAAGUUUUAAAAGCUGUCAAUCUGUUAGCUGCAGAUUUUUCAGGCAAAAGUGAUCCUUUCUGUGUGCUGGAGCUUGGCAAUGCCAGACUUCAGAGUUAUACCAUUUAUAAAAACCUCAAUCCAGAGUGGAACCAGGUCUUCACUUUCCCCGUUAAAGACAUCCAUGACAUUUUAGAAGUGACGGUGUUUGACGAAGAUGGAGAUAAGCCUCCCGAUUUCCUUGGAAAAGUUGCCAUCCCUUUACUGUCUGUGAAAGCAAGUAUCAGAACUUUUUCUCCACGCCAGAGGCGGUUCCUAGAAGACAACCGCAAGUUUUCGAAGAAGAUCUUAUCGAGGAACGUAGAUCGUGUGAAAAGAAUCACCAUGACCCUAUGGAAUACAAUACAAUUUCUCCGAAGCUGCUUUCUCUGGGAGUCUCCUGUGAGAAGUGUGGUUGCAUUUGUGGUGUUUGUGGUCACAGUUUGGCAUUUUGAACUUUACAUGGUUCCCUUGGCCCUGCUGUUGCUUUUCGCUUACAACUUCUCCCGGAUCACGCCAGAGAAAGUCACCAGCCCCCAAGACCCUCAGGAUUGCUUUGUUUUCGAAGAUGACGAAGAUGACGACGACAAGGAAUGUGAGAAAAAAGGCUUGAUAGAAAGAAUCCACAUGGUUCAGGAUAUUGUGUUAACCGUCCAAACUAUUUUGGAGGAAAUUGCCUCUUUUUCCGAAAGGAUUAAAAACACGUUCAACUGGACUGUUCCUUUCCUCUCUGCCUUGGCCUGUUUAAUACUUGCCGUGGUAGUCAUUACUCUGUAUUACAUACCACUGAGAUACAUCAUUCUCAUCUGGGGCAUAAAUAAAUUUACAAAGAAGCUUAGAAACCCCUACGCCAUUGACAAUAAUGAGUUGCUGGAUUUCCUCUCCAGGGUCCCAUCGGAUGUUCAAAGGGUGCAACAUGCUGAAUUGAAACCAUACAGCGGUUCCAGUCCCAUUAGGAAGAAAUGGAGCGCUCUGUAGGAUGGAGGGUUUGGAAUGUAAUACGCCCUUCUCCUAUGUACUGUGUGUACAGGACCUCCCCAAAUUUUUCAGAUCAAAUCUUUGCUACGCGGACUGCAUCCCGGAUGUUUUGUCUGGAAGCCAUACACAGAUUUUAUUAUUGUUUUUAAUUGAACCUAUCCUUGUAUCUGGCUAUUUUUCAAAAACCAGUGAUUUUUUUUCUUCUGUUAAGAACAUACUUCAUGUCAAAAUGGUCUGAAUCCUGGAGUCAAACUCACAUAGGACUGAUUCUUUUUUUUAGCAGAGAAGAAAUCUCUGUCUCUUUCAAUCUCUCUCUCUUUUAUAUGUCAAAGCUGACCUGAAGAGUUUUGAACCUUAAAAGAAAAAAAAAGUAUCCAAGGGAUUUUCAUCAAGAUACAGAAAGGAUUCGUCCUUUGGCUGAGUUGACCAUGUGUUGAUGGUUUCUGAGCUCAGAACUAGCAAAUCUUGGAUACCCAUCAUCUGCUUUCAGUAAAGUACGGGGAAAACGGGGAGGGGAGGGGAAGAAGAAAAACAAAUGUUUCGCAAGAAUUCCAAGAAAAUGCUCAGGAUUCAUAUUUCUUUCAUCUAGCUAAUGCUGCUGAUAUGCUCACAAAGAACUGCCAAAGCUGGCUAGUUGCCAAAGCCGAAGUGCCUGAGAGGGGUCUGUUGCUGGCAAUGGACAUCCUGCAAGGUUUGUUUCAACUGGAGUACAAGAAUGGAAUCUCCCAACGACCCUACAGAUGCUGUAUUUUUUAUGUGCCUUCAACCUGUACCUUUUAUCAGACCUUUUGGGGACUCUUCCAACGCUAUCAUUUUAAUCCAAAGAUAUAUUCAUAGUUAUGUGCUGUCAAGUCAAAACCUACUUAUAGCAAUCCUAAUAGGGAUUUCAAGACAAGUGACAGGUUUAAGGAGAAUUUUUUCAAGCUCCACUCCCCCAGGCUGAGAAGGGAUUUGUAUCCUGGUCUCCAGCAUCUUCUCUGUCACUCUACCCUCUACUCACACUGGGUAUCUGCAUUUACACUGCUUAUGGUUAGGCAUCCUUCAGUCUCGAGAGACUAUGGUAACGUGCUGUGUAUGA